GCGAUUACUGCGGGUUCACUCGCUGCACGAUGGCGGAGGGAGGCGGACCCGAGUCGGGUACCGCUUCGGACCCUGACGAGAAGCCGGUGAUCACACAGACACCAGUACCGUCCACCGAGAGUCAAAAGCAGAGCAUCGGUACACUGCUGAAAACGCCACUUCGAAAGGGAGACGAGUGGUAUUUGAUUGACAGCCGGUGGUUCAAACAGUGGAAGAAAUAUGUGGGCUUUGACAGCUGGGAUUUGUACAAUGUUGGAGAGCACAAUCUGUACCCAGGACCCAUUGACAACUCUGGACUCUUUUCAGAUCACGAGUCCCAGACGUUGAAAGAGCAUCUCAUAGAUGAGUUAGACUAUGUUUUAGUGCCUACAGAGGCCUGGAAUAAGCUGGUCAGCUGGUAUGGCUGUCUGGAGGGUCAGAAGCCCAUCAUCAGAAAGGUUGUUGAACAUGGAAUGUUUGUGAAGCACUGUAAAGUGGAAGUGUAUUUACUUGAGCUGAACUUGUGCGAAAAUGACAACAUGGAAAAAGUUGUCACCCGCCAUUUCAGCAAAGCAGACACUAUAGAUACUAUUGAGAAGGAAAUGAGGACUUUAUUCGACAUCCCAUCUGAAAAGGAAACUCGUCUUUGGAAUAAAUAUAUGAGUAACACUUAUGAACAACUUAACAAGCUUGACAGCACUGUACAGGACGCAGGGCUUUUUCAGGGGCAGGUGCUUGUUAUAGAGAAGAAGAAUGAGGAUGGCACAUGGCCCAGACAGACCUGCCAUUCCAAGUCCAGUACUUCCACCUCUCGGAAUUAUACAACCUCCCCAAAACUCUCUUCGAACUCAUCUGCUACCAUAUCCUCCACAAUAACAAAUGGGGAUAGCAAUAGCAACUCUGGCUACAUGCUGAACAACAGUUCUUCUGGUAACAGAUUGGGAAGUUAUAACUCCUACAGCUCCUCUUACAGUUACAGAGAAUCUGCCGCUCAACCAGGUCUCUGCGGUCUGAGUAACCUGGGCAACACCUGCUUCAUGAACUCUGCCCUCCAGUGCCUGAGCAAUACUCCCCCUCUGACGGAAUAUUUCCUGGAGGACCGGUAUGAAGCUGAGAUCAACCGGGAAAAUCCAUUAGGGAUGCGAGGGGAGAUUGCAGAGGCCUACGCAGAUCUGGUCAAACAGACGUGGCUUAGUCGGAGCAGUUACGUGGCUCCACGCACUUUUAAAACCCAGGUGGGUCGGUUUGCCCCGCAGUUCUCAGGGUACCAGCAACAAGACUCUCAGGAGCUGCUGGCCUUUCUGCUAGACGGCCUACAUGAGGACCUUAACCGAGUUAAGAAGAAGCCUUACCUGGCCCUGAGAGAUGCUGAGGGACGGCCUGAUGAGAUUGUAGCUAAGGAAGCAUGGGCGAAUCACCGGUUGCGGAAUGAUUCCAUUAUCGUGGACAUCUUCCAUGGCUUGUUCAAAUCUACACUGGUCUGCCCAGAAUGCUCCAAAGUUUCCGUUACCUUUGACCCAUUCUGCUACCUCACGCUGCCCCUGCCCAUGAAAAAGGAUCGCACUAUGGAGGUGUUCCUGGUCCGCACUGACCCGCAGUUCAGACCCAUGCAAUACCGUGUAGUGGUUCCCAAAAUGGGUGUUGUAGCAGACCUGUGCAGUGCUUUGGCCAAGCUAUCUGGACUUCCUUCAGAGAAUAUGGUUGUGGCAGAUGUUUACAAUCACAGAUUCCACAAAAUCUACAAACGGGAUGACGGUCUCAAUCAAAUAAUGGAGAAGGAUGACAUUUUUGUUUAUGAGGUGUUAGAGGAAGAUGGUGAGAGGAUGAACCUGCCAGUGUACUUCAGAGAGAGGCAUGCUAAGCACAGUGGAGGCUCUUCAGGCACAAUGCUCUUUGGCCAGCCUCUCCUCAUAACCGUCCCGCGCCACAACCUCACCGUGGAUACCCUCUAUGAGCGUGUGCUGGAGAGGAUCGGGCGUUACGUUAAACGUUCACAGGGAACCAUUACAGACAGCAGAGCAUCUGCAUCUGCCUCAGCCACAUCGUCUAGCAGCAGCCAAUCACCAGAAUGCCUCGCUUCAGUGUCCACUCACAGCACAGGGCUGAGUAGUUGCAGCAGCCCAGUUUCAGAUGGAGCAUCCUGCAGUGCUGGAUCCAACGGCAGCAACCACUCCAGCAACGGCCCCAAUGGAGUCUGUGAUGGUGAUGAGGAAGCCAUGGACCACCAGGAGAGUCCAGAACCAGAAAACAGCCACUCAGACACUGUGGAUGGAGAGGAUGAUUCUGAACCAGAGAAUGGGCCCAAUAGCAGCGGUGGAAAAUCUUUUACUUCUCGGCCAAAACUCUUUUCUUUCAGCAUGGUCAAUUCCUACGGCACAGCCAACAUCAGUUCUCUCCCGUUUGAUGGAAAUCUCCUAAAGCUCACAACACACUCAACAGUAGCCAUUGACUGGGACUCGGACACGAAGAAACUAUGCUACGAUGACCAGGAAGCUGAGGCCUAUGAUAAACAUGAGAGUAUGCUACAUGCUCAGAAGAAGAAGACCACAGUAGCUUUACGAGAGUGCAUCGAGCUCUUUACUACAAUGGAGACCCUAGGAGAACAUGACCCCUGGUACUGCCCCACGUGUAAGAAACACCAGCAGGCCACAAAGAAGUUUGACCUGUGGUCUCUCCCACGCAUUCUUGUUGUCCAUCUGAAGCGUUUCUCUUACAACCGCUGCUGGAGAGACAAGCUCGACACGGUCGUGGACUUUCCAAUUAGGGAUUUAAACAUGUCAGAGUUUGUUUGCGACCCCAAAGCUGACCCAUAUGUCUAUGACCUCAUUGCUGUUUCCAACCAUUAUGGAGGAAUGGGUGGAGGCCACUACACGGCAUACGGCAAGAACAAGAUGGAUGGAAAAUGGUAUUACUUUGACGACAGCAGUGUGUCUGCUGCUACUGAGGAUCAGAUUGUGACUAAAGCAGCCUACGUGCUUUUUUACCAACGUAGAGACGCAGACACACCGUCCAAAUCCACCCCCUCCGCAUCACUAGGUGGAGCUUCAGAGACCCCGGACGACCACAUGGACACCAACUGAUUUUCUUUUAGUCUUUCAAGGACUGGCACUGAAACAAAAACUACAUAAAGAUGAAAUCAACAAUGCAUCGACGCACAUCCCUGGCUACUUCAGUGACUAUUAAAGGCUCACAAACAGGCCCUCUGUUUUUAGCUUUAUUUUAUUUUAUUUUCUUUCACACAUGCGUCUUUAUCAAGAGCCAAAAAAGAAUAUUAAUAAUAAAUAAAGAGAAUUUUAGUUUGAAGCGUGACAUGAAAGACUUUCUUCUUGGACCUCGAUGCCUGCUGAUUAUAGAAGCUUGUUUCUUUCAGUGUGAAAUGAGAACGAGGGUGAAACGGCGAUGUAACCUCUUUGGACGACAUGAAUGUUAGGUGAAAUAGAUCAGGAGAGGGGAAAUGCCUAAAAAUAGACUAUGUAUGCAACAUUACGCUUCUCUGAAAUGUAAAAUUAUGCCUCGUCUACCCACUCACGUUGGACUCUAGCUAUCAGCAUCUUGUAACAUGUGCCUCCUGUGAAGAAUAGACUCUGUGUUUUUAAUAACUUAAGCGUGUGGCACAGAGGUUCUCUCAGAGAUGCUUGCGCUCUUAUAUUAAAUAUUGUCUCCAGGUUUCCUUUAUCCUAUCACAAGCCACACCUUUUGUUAAAUAUGCCAUGCCGGAGAGUGUUGUCUUGAAAUAUUUCAAAUUCAGAGCUGCUUAACUAUAUCACAAUGUUAGGUUUAUCAUCACGAUGUUUAUUUAGGGCGAGGCUGAUCUCUAAUAUAUUCACACACAGCCUUCACACCCCAAAUACUGUGCAAAGGGAAGCUUAAGAAUCAGUGGAACAAGUGAACGUAAGUCACAGUCGUGCCCCAAAACAGUUCCAAAGCAUCUCAUUUCUGAUCUGAUGGUUUGUGCUUUAAUAAUGCUUCUUUUUUUUUUUCUCUUUAUGGUGGAUGUUUCUCUCUAAAUGGCUUCAGUCCUGAGAAAUAUGGAGCCUGCUUGUAACACUUGAACAGGUAUAUGUACACAACAGAGAGGAACACAAAGAAUGGCCAUUGUUUUAAUUAAGAACAGCCUUAAAGAUGCAGCUGUCGUUAUUACAUGAAGGUGUACAUUGGGAGAUUUACCCUGCGUUUAGGUGUGGCAUCAUGUGUGUCGGAUGACAGCUCAUGCUGCUAAGAACAUGAUACACUUUCUUUUUCUGUGUGACAAAACAGCAUGCAAAUUUUGAAAUCUGCAAAAUGAUAACUAUAUGGUUGUUCCUGGUGUUUACCUUUCUAUGGCAAAUCCACUG